GGAGGAACGACAGCCACUGGGGAGACUGGUGGAACCACGGCCACUGGGGAGACUGGUGGAACCACAGCCACUGGGGAGACUGGUGGAACGACAGCUACCGGAGAAACGGGAGGAACCACAGCUACCGGAGAAACGGGAGGAACGACAGCCACUGGGGAGACUGGUGGAACGACAGCUACCGGAGAGACGGGAGGAACCACAGCUACCGGAGAAACGGGAGGAACCACGGCGACCGGAGAAACGGGAGGAACCACAGCCACUGGGGAGACUGGUGGAACGACAGCUACCGGAGAAACGGGAGGAACCACAGCUACCGGAGGGACGGGAGGAACGACAGCUACCGGAGAAACGGGAGCAACAACAGCUACUGGGGAGACUGGUGGAACGACAGCUACCGGAGAGACGGGAGGAACGACAGCUACCGGAGAAACGGGAGGAACAACAGCCACUGGGGAGACUGGCGGAACCACGGCCACUGGGGAGACUGGUGGAACCACAGCCACUGGGGAGACUGGUGGAACGACAGCUACCGGAGAGACGGGAGGAACCACAGCUACCGGAGAAACGGGAGGAACCACGGCGACCGGAGAAACGGGAGGAACCACAGCCACUGGGGAGACUGGUGGAACGACAGCUACCGGAGAAACGGGAGGAACCACAGCUACCGGAGGGACGGGAGGAACGACAGCUACCGGAGAAACGGGAGCAACAACAGCUACUGGGGAGACUGGUGGAACGACAGCUACCGGAGAGACGGGAGGAACGACAGCUACCGGAGAAACGGGAGGAACAACAGCCACUGGGGAGACUGGUGGAACCACGGCCACUGGGGAGACUGGUGGAACCACAGCCACUGGGGAGACUGGUGGAACGACAGCUACCGGAGAAACGGGAGGAACCACAGCUACCGGAGAAACGGGAGGAACCACGGCCACUGGAGAGACUGGUGGAACCACAGCUACCGGAGAAACGGGAGGAACGACAGCCACUGGGGAGACUGGUGGAACCACAGCUACCGGAGAAACGGGAGGAACCACAGCUACCGGAGAAACGGGAGGAACCACAGCCACUGGGGAGACUAGUGGAACGACAGGUGACACCGAAGGCACUGCAGGCACAACACCGAGUGGCACUGGUGGCACUGGGUCAACGUCUGGAGAAACGGGCAGUACUGGAGGUACAGGAGAAACCACAGCUACGGGAGAAACCGGUGGAUCAACAGGUGGUACAAGCGAAACAGAAGCCACGGGAUCAACUGCUGGACAAACUGGCGAAACGGGUGAAACUGGAGGCACAACACCAAGUGGCACUGGCAGCACUGGCCCAACAGCCGGGGAAACUGGUGCAACGGGAGAAACCACAGCCACCGGAGAAACUGGAGGAUCCACAGAUGGUACUGGAGGAACUGGAGGUACAACUCCAAGUGGUACUGGAGGUUCGACAGCUGGGGAGACGGGCGGAUCAACAGGCACUGGUGGGGCCACUGGAGGUACAACACCAAGCGGUACUGGAAGUACUGGAGGUACUGGAGGCACUGGAUCAACCUCGGGAGAAACUGGUGGAGCGACAGGUGGCACAGAAGCCACAGACGGUACUGGCUCAACCUCUGGAGAGACUGGAGGCACUGGAGGCACAACACCAAGUGGAACAGAAGCUACGGGUGGUACUGGGCCAACUCCUGCAGAGACUGGUGCAACUGGAGAGACUGGAGGAGCUACAGGUGGCACUGAAGCAACGACUGAAGCAACGGGAGCCACUGGAGCAACGACGGCUGCAACGGGAGCCACUGGAGCAACAACAGCUGCAACGGGAGCCACUGGAGCAACGACGGUUGCAACUGGAGCCACUGGAGCAACGACGGCUGCAACUGGAGCCACUGGAGCAACAACAGCUGCAACUGGAGCCACUGGAGCAACAGAUCCAACUGGAGAAACCGGAGGAGCCACAGGUGGAACUGAAGGUACAACACCGAGUGGGCAGACUGGUGGAACGACAGCUACCGGAGAAACGGGAGGAACCACAGCCACUGGGGAGACUGGUGGAACGACAGCUACCGGAGAAACAGGAGGAACAACAGCUACGGGAGAAACUGGAGGAGCGACAGCUCUCACUAUCACUGGAGGCACUGGUGGAGAAACGACAGAAACAGGAGAAACGACGAUUGGAGGAGGGGGCACAACGACAACCACACCCAGCGGAGGAGUCACGACGACGAGAAGUACUGGAACACCGGGAAAUCUCUCAUGUGGUGCGGGUGCCGCGUUCGAGCCGGUGGUCUACAACGCUGACAUGGCAGCAUCACCGGGGAAGUAUGGCGGUCAAUUUAUGGGUCCCGACGAUUGUGCCCAGCUGUGCACAUACAAUUAUGGACUCUUGCCGUGCAUCGGAUUCGCUUUUGUCACGGGGACGGGGCGCGGGAAAUGUAUCAUCUAUCAGUAUGACUAUCAGAUCACCAAUGCAUCGAGUCUCACUCCGGCGGAGAGCAAUGCGACCAUUUAUCGAAUGUGCAACUCUUUCUCGAGCACACUCACAACGAUUAUCCAAUUCACGACCACGACCACCCCCGUCAACCCACCAGUCACCACCACUCCGACAGUCACCACCACUCCGACACUCACCACCACUCCGACAGCCACCGCACUCCCAGUCACAACAACCCCUAGCACUACCACGACAACAGCAGUCAAUGGAGGAACAACAACAACGGGCGUGACAACGGCAACAAAAACGACGACACCAGCAUCGGACACCACCACGACUGUCACAAAUAAUCCGAAUCAAUGGCCACAAUGCUCGGGUCCUCCCUCGGAUGUGCCCGGAUAUGCAAUUGUCGUCAUCACCGCCGACAUCUCGCAGGCGAACGGCCGCUUCGGUGGCUAUUUCUACGGAGCCGAGGAUUGCUCUCAGCUCUGCACAUGGGAUUACGGGAAUCUCGGGUGUUCCGGUUUCGCUUUCACUCCAAACCCUAAUGGUGGCCGCGGGAAUUGCACAGUGUUCCAGCAGGAUUGGCAAGUAAAUGCCUGUCAAAACGUGGGCGCACAGAUGAGCAACACCACUGUUUACGCUUUCUGUGGACUCAAUGGAACGACACAAGCUUGGCCACCAACGACCACAACAACGAUGGCUCCGGUUACAACAACCACAACUCCGAUCACAACUACCACGACUCCGGUCACAACUACCACUCGUCCAACUACCACAACCGCCACAACCACAACUACGAGUACGAGUACAACGACAACAACAACCACCAAACCAACGACCACUACUACGACAACAAUGCGCACAACGACGCCGACCACGACGCCGACAACGACGCCGACCACGACGCCGACCACGACGCCGACCACGACGCCGACCACGACGCCGACCACGACGCCGACAACGACAACUCCCACUACAACGACGACCACGACGCAAACGAUCGCCACUACCACAACAACGCCGAAUCCCGGAACCUGUCCCAACGGCUACCAGUUGGAAACAUCGAAUUUCGAUUUGGACUCGGUUGCGCAAGGGAAAUUCGUCGGCUAUCUCUCGUAUGUCGAAUCGUGUUAUCAAGCCUGCUACAACAAUUAUGGCUUGGACCAUUGUGUGUUUUUCACCUACGAACCCGAAGCGAAUGGUCUUUGCUAUGUCUACUCAUCGAUGCCAUCGCCAUUCGUCUCCAAUCCGUCAAGUACCGCCCAGGCAUACACGAUGUGUAGCAACACAUCCGGCCAGAACAAUCAGGGCAACGGGAACACUCAGGGAAAUCAGAAUCAAGGUGGAAACGGGCGAAGAAAACGGAGAAGAAGAAGA